CGUCAUAGACGGCGUUUUGUUUUGGAGUCGGGGGCAUCACCAAGGUUUCUGCUUCAUUCGUUGCAUAUUAAAAAGGGGCAUUGUAUCUUCUUUAGUCUUUCUUUCCUGUCUGGUUUUAUUUUGAAGGGCCUUUUCAUAUGCUGGCUCUGUGUCAUAUAG